ACCGUAGUUGUUGAGACUCCGCCUUUUAGCUUCAGGCAGCGAGUGGGGGAAUCCCCCACCGCAUUCUGGGAAUUACAUUCUUUCUGGGACCCCGCUCCUCUAUGGUGGUGAGGCGCAGAAGCUGCGCCAUUUUAGGUCCCGGGGUACCAGCAGUAAAGACCCGGAGUGCAGGCAGGCUCAGCCCCGGCGCCGGGUUGGCCCCGCCCCCGGGGCGCCCGGCGCCCGCCCCUCGCUCCGACCCCGCCUUUCCCCACGUGCCUGCCGCCUAGGGGAGGUGCCUGAGCCAGAGCGGGCCUGCCACCCGUCCGGCCCCGUCGGCGCAGAGGGUCCUGUCGGCGGCGCCCGGGAGCGGCCCGGCUUCCCGAUGCUCCCGCGCCGGCUUCCGCGGGCCGGGCUGUGCGCUUAGUGCCCAGCUCUGGCUCCCUGAAGCGUCCGCGGGGGUGGGAGCGGCCUCGGCCCCGCGGAGACGGAGCGGCUGGAGGACCAGGCGGCGGCCGCGGGGAGGAGGAUGGGGGCUAACCAGUUAGUGGUGCUCAACGUGUACGACAUGUACUGGAUGAACGAGUACACCUCAUCCAUUGGAAUUGGAGUUUUUCAUUCGGGAAUUGAAGUGUAUGGCAGAGCUGUUGUUUUAGGGAGCACUGAUUUCUUAGAAGAUGAUAUAGAAAAAAUUGUAGAAGAACUGGGAAAAGAAUACAAAGGCAAUGCUUACCAUUUGAUGCACAAAAACUGCAAUCACUUUUCUUCAGCUUUAUCAGAGAUUCUUUGUGGGAAGGAGAUUCCUCGCUGGAUCAAUCGACUGGCCUACUUCAGCUCCUGUAUCCCCUUUCUGCAGAGUUGCCUCCCGAAGGAGUGGCUCACUCCCGCAGCCUUGCAGUCCAGCGUCAGCCAAGAGCUCCAGGACGAACUAGAGGAAGCCGAGGACGCUGUGGCGUCCGCUGCCAUGGCCAGCACUGCAGCAGGCUCCAGGCCGGGGCGCCACACUAAGCUAUAAAUGUCUCCAAAGUCACACAAUCAGAACUGUCCCUGGCAGCUGAAUAUCACAGAGAAAAGUAAAACAGUAAGCGUCCUUUGGAUAUUUCGUAUGCAAAGAUGGCUCUCCCCCAAACCCCAGUUUUUCAGCUCAGGAUUCUAUUUGUAAUCAAAUCACUUGGCACCGGAGGGAGAACUUUGUAUGAAGCUGCCCUCUGUUUUUUUUACCCACUUGUAAAUUUGGAUUUACUUCUUCUGUUUUAUACAAACUCUGUUAAGUUAUGUUUACAGUAUUUUGUAUCGCUGUUUACAAAUCUUGCAUGGACUCCUGCCACCGUGAAAGAAGAAAAUCUUCACGUGUUUAAAAAUUAGGCAGGUAAUCUUUGUACACUUCCGACAAUUGCCAGAGCUAUGGCAUAAAUCCUAGGCACACAAAAAGGUACUCAUGCAAUUAGAGUCACCGUCACCUGCUUAAGAAUUGUCGUGUAGGUUUGUUUGUUUUGUUAGGGUUUUGUCACCAGGAUGCAGAGAGGUGAAGAGCACACACAGCCCUGAGGGCUCGGGACCUUGGUGUGCGGGACAGGUGGCCCGACUCGGGGCCCAGCUCCUCUCAGCACUCCACGCCUCCCACUCCAGGGAGCACGUCUCCUGAGGUCCCCGUCGGACUGUGGCUUCAUCCCAGUGGUCCAUCCACCUAGACAGGUGGUACAUUAUUGUGUCCGUCUGGCUGUAAUUAAGAUGUUUUUCAUAUAUUCUUGCGUAACUGACGAGUGGUUUUUGCACAUGUGUUGGGGGGCUUCAUUUUUAUUUUAAUACUUAUUGACAUCCUCCCUGCACAGGAUUUUAUUGCUGGGGUAGAAAUAUCCUAAAUGGUAGCCUUGUGAGUAGCAGUAUGAGUUGACAUUCAACUGCUUUUAACUAUUCAGGCUACCUUUUAUACUAGACCUUGAAAACUAGUCUAAAGUGAUACACUCCAAAAAGGUAAUUCUUUGAUAUUUCAGACCUUUCAUGUACCAUAUCAGAAAGAUAAUGUUGAGUUUGUGACUUUGUUAUGAGAGUAUUUUCAUCUCAUAAUAGAAAGCCUAGUCUCAUCAACCUCUUGUUUAAAAAUCACGGUUGUGUGUCUUAGAAUUCUCCCUUUUCUGUUACCUCAAAUGUAUGUCUCUUACAUAACAUACUCGAAGGACGAAAUUGUCACCACAGAUAAAUAAGUCCUUGUUAGCAAGGAAUCUGUUUGGUCAAGUCUACUCCCAGUUUGACCCCUGGAUGUAAGAGCCAAGUCAUUACAUGUCAAAUUCAAUUUUUCUGCCUUAAGAAUGAAUGUCCUACGUAAAAUAUUGGAUGCAGUGUAUAAGUUAUCCAAGGCAGUGACUUCAGCUUUAUACAUAUUAAUUUUAAAGUCAUCUACUUUUAUUUAAACUUCUAGAUUGCAUUGUUUGCUAUUCUCUUUGUAAAGAUACAUAUCUUUUAGUAAACUACAUUUUUAACUUUUCCAUAAGCUGAUUUUGAUUCAAUUUAUCAAAUUAAGCACACCCUGUUCAUAGGGAAAAUAAACCUUGUGUUAUAAGCAUUGACUUGAGGAAAAUGAAGCCACUUAACCUAAUUUAUGCUUCUGACUGUUCUGUUUCUGGAGAGGAAAGCCUUUACAAAUUUUGCUCAGUUUUUUGAGGGGAACAGAGCACUUGUUUGAAGAGAUAUGACAGAAAGAAGAAAGGAACAUGUGAUCUUUAUGAAAAGUUCACUUGGUUCAGGUCUCAAAGAUGAGAUUUAGGAUAAAACACUAACAUUUUAGCAGUGAAUUUGUUCUCUCAAAGAAGAAUCUUAUCACAAAACCCAGGUUAGUGAAAAGUGUUUGAUGCCGUUUGCUUGGGGUUUUUGUUUUGUUUUGUUUUAAUAAUGUGGUAGAUGACAGUUUUUUUCUAAUGCAUUGAAGUGUACAUGACUUAAAUCUGGGCUACUGACACACAUAAAGGAGUGGCCAUUCAUUAGACACUUCUUGGUGCAAAGCCGGGAACAUGCCAUCUGUGCUUAUCCAGAAUCCAGCACCUCAGCACACAAACGAUUUUAUUAUUUUGUUGUAUUUACUUUGAUCCGCAGCAUUUGGGCUUUCAAAAGAGUGUAAAGGGUCCUAGUAGAAAUAAGUCAUGGCCUAAGGCGAGUUACCAUACUAACAAUCAGAUAAAAUUCUGGAUGUGAGAUUGAGGUUGAGAAAUAAAGAAAUUAGAAAAUCUCAUUUAAGUCAAUUCCUUCUCUACAGUUCAAAAUUGAGAAUGGAUGUAAUUAACCAGCCUUUAACCUGCUGUUCCUUGCCCUUUGAGGAAACAAAUCUUGCUUCCAACCUGAUCUCUGUUAAGAAAAAUCCUAUAUCAAAAAUCCGGUCAUUAAAAUACAUGUGAUGGAGUCAUAUUCUCUUUGCAGUUGUAACCAAGUGAAGCAUAUUUCUCCUGGGGUGAUUGGACAGUAAUAUAGUGUUAGAGGGGCAGAAGCGGCUGGUUUCUACUGUUUGUUUUAAAGCUCUUGGUUUUUGGUUUUUUUAUCCCUAAGAAAGGGGUAUCAAUUUUGGAAAGUGUGGCCUGUGAAUUGUAGAAGGCGGUGAUGUGGUCGUAAAGAGAGCAUCCACUUGGUGCCUGAAAUCCAGCUCUGACCCAUGGCAGUCGCGCAAGUUACCUUCACCAGCAUUUGUGCAGCGCAGGGAACUCUGGUCCCAGCCAGCUGAGAGCAUUCCGUGUGCGGAGAGCUGACGCUACAGAGAGCUGCAGGACUUCGUCCAUCGCUUCUUUCCAUCACAAAACGGGUAGAAACACACAUGGUCACCGCUUCAGGGCUCUAAUCUGUGUGUCUUCCUAUGGCUCCGUUUCUGUAAACUACUCUGUAAUUUUGAUACAUGCUGGGUUUUCUUUCAGUGACUAAGUUUCAAAGACUUGGGUUUUGUUCAGUAAGCUGGCCAUACCACCACUGUAUCCCCUUCUCUUCGGUGUGGUUUUAGAGUGCACUCCAUUCUUAGACUUCCGUUGUCUAUUCAGUCAAUGCACAUACAUCUUCACUGUUGGAAAGGUGUUACAGCUGUUAAAGAACUUUCAUGAACCUGAAGACAAUUUCUUGUGAAGUUGAAUGCAAAUGUACUGUCAUUCAUAGUGUUUAUAUAAAAAAUACCAGGAAUCUUCACUUUUGCUACCUUGAUAAUAGCAUUGGGCUAUCAUGUUAACAUUGAAAUACAUCAAUUUAUUAAAAAAUACUUUUAUAAGAAA